CCGGCCACCUUCCCAAUCUCCUCCCUACAAGCGCAGCCGACGCAUCGCUCGUGUACAUAACAUUCGUCGGCACCAAACAACUACUUAUCAUAACACCAAUAUACCAAUAAACCAGCAGGCAAGUAGAGCCAUGGCGCGAUCAUCAACCCGCACGCUGCUGGUCCUCCUGGCCGUGGUCGUGGCCAUAUCCGCGGCGGCGUCCCCGGCAUCGGCGGCCGACGUGGCCGGGAUCUGCAAGGGCACCGCGUACCCGGAGCUGUGCGUGGCCAUGGCGGGGAAGCAGGCCGGGGGCGCCACGCCGGUGGACGCGCUGGCGGUGCUCAACAUGCAGGUGGACGCGUUCGAGAUCCACGCGGCCAAGGCCAAGGCGCACGUGGUGGAGUUGUCGGCCGCGCCGACGACGACGCCCAAGGCCAAGGAGGCCCUGGACCUGUGCGGCAACCUCUACGGCGACGUCCUCGACACCCUGGGCGCCGCCAAGCGCGCCAUCGUCUUCAAGGACGCCGUCACCAUCCGCGCCAUGAUGAGCAUGGCGGCGCAGGACAUGCAGGGGUGCGACGAGAAGUUCAGGCAGGUGGGCGAGAACAACCCGCUCACACACUUCGACCAGUCGCUCCUCAACCUGUCCGAGAACUGCCGCUACCUCUCCAACAUGAUCUGAUCCGAGCUGUCCCCGCCGGAGGAGCAGCUUGUGUCUCUGAUCGGAGGAUCGAUCAGACACGUAUAUUAUUCUACGCAAAAAAACGACCGACUGACCUUUGUUGUCACUGCCGUUGCACACCUUGACGCGUGUGUUUGUAAUUUCUUUCCUUUCGUCGCAUACUGUUUUAUUGGGGCGUUAGAUGUGUUGAGUUACUCGAUCUUUGGGAAGGGGAGGCGAAUCGGAACCUGUUAUUUCUGAAAUUUCAAUUGCAGUUGCACAUAUGUUUCUUUUCUA